AUGCAACGAUCUAUCACCGGUAUCAAGAUGUGGUUCUGGCCACGAGACGGUCAGGUACCACCUGACGUUAAGACUGGCCCAGCCAGUGUUGAUCCCUCUAAAUGGGGCAAACCAUUCGCCAAUUUCCCCUCGACUCAUUGCAACAUGAGACAGCACUUCGGUAAACACAGAAUUAUCCUGAAUAUUAGCUUGUGCGGGGACUGGGCAGGAGCCGUCUACAACCAACAAGGAUGUCCUGGAACAUGCGCGACACAUGUCGACAACGAUCCGGCCGCUUUCCGAGAGGCUUACUGGAAGAUCAGAGGGUUGAGGGUCUACGCUGAUAACGCUCGAGAGUUAGACUACGAAGGUGAUGGAUUUGAACUUGAGUAUGAAGGAGAGAAUGAUUAUUCUGUCAACGAUGAGGUCGUAUACUUUGAUGAGUACUAG